AUGAUGUCUCCGGACUUAUCUAUUUUGAUUUCUUCAGUCUUGGGACUGGUCUUGGCAAUCCCUUCUAACACUUGUAUUGUGAUGGGUAAUCUGGACAUCAUCAGAAAGAAAGGGAAGUUGAGUCCCUCCGAUGUGAUCUUUCUGGGGAAGGGAAUUGUGAAUAUUCUCCUCCAGUGUUUGCUGAGUCUACAGGCAAUACUCCUUGUCUUGUGUCAGGCAUACAUGUAUGCUACAGAUGUAGGUGAAUUUAUGAACAUAUUAGUUUUCUUUUUGAUCUAUUACAACUUCUGGUUGACCUUCUGGCUCUCGGCUCAUUACUGUACCAGCAUCACCAAUCUCAGCUAUGGGUUCUUCAUCUGGAUAAAGAGAAUUGUGUCCAAUUUCCUGAGUCGCCUUCUAUUCCUGACAGCACUUGGGAUGUUCAUUGUGACUGUCCCGGGCUUUUGGGCUGUGUAUGGAGGAAGUAUCCAGUCUUCUGAUAACAGCACAGAAGACUCUGGUAACAGGUUGAGGAUGGGACUUCCCUAUGUUGUUCCCAUGACCUUCCUAGGCGUCAUUCUUCCAUUCUGCCUUAGUCUUCUGUGUCUGGUCCUCACUUUCUCCUUUCUGCUCAGACACGUCUGGAGGGUGAAGAAUAACGACUCGGGAUCAACAUGUCCAAAUCUUCAGGCUCAUGUCACGGCACUGAGGACAAUCCUUUUCUUCUUACUUCUCAUCUUCAUAUUCUUCUGCGUGUCUCAAAUUGGCUUAUUUCUUCACAGUUUAUUAGUGUUAGUAGUCUUUUGGGAUGUACAAAUAUUAUCCCCAUCAGUUGAGGCUGCUGUCAUCUUCCAGGCCAGCAACAAGCUGAGAAGGAUCAUUCUGAGAAGAUUCUGGGCCAGAAACUGGAGGAACACAGAGACUUAA